CUCGUCAUCUCCUUCCUCCCUCCUUCCUGGUCACCCAUGGAGAAUUCCUUAGAUACGACCUAGCUUCCCAACCCCGGCGCUCUCCUUCCCCCAUCACCUUCUCCGCAAAUCAAAAGGCAAAAGGCAGAUAUUUCAGCUCGGUUCGUCAUCAUCUCACCCCAUUGGAAGAAGACCCCCAAAAUCCUAUAAAAAUGUGUGGAGUUAUCACCCACGCCGCCAAGAUCCUGUCCUCUUGCGCGGCCAGCUCGUAGCUCCACGCGGGAUAAAGAGGCCAGUCUUUUCUUCUGCCUCGCCCCCUUUUUCUUUCGGCAAGAUGGCAUCUUUCCCAUGUGACACCUGAUAAAGGCUCCGAGAUCCCUAGCUUCCCGUGUUCUUCCGUCGCCAAUCCGCGGAAAUCCCUGGAGGAGGCACAGAAAUUUGUAGCCAGAGAUUUCCUGAGGACAAGCUUCCUUCCCUGGUGCCGCGGGCGUCCCUACGGUUCUUGAUCCGGGGAGCACGCCAGUGGCGCACCAAUGCAGCCGGACCCGAGCGGGAACGCCAAUGCGAAGGCGAAGCUGCCGCAGCCGGUGACAGCGCCGGCGCUGUCGUCGGGUCGGCCGGCGUCCGUGCUGCCGUACAAGACGGCGAACGUGCGCGACCACUACCGCAUCGGGAAGAAGCUGGGGCAGGGGCAGUUCGGCACCACGUACCAGUGCGUGGGCAAGGCCGACGGCGCCGAGUACGCGUGCAAGUCCAUCCCCAAGCGCAAGCUGCUGUGCCGCGAGGACUACGAGGACGUCUACCGCGAGAUCCAGAUCAUGCACCACCUCUCCGAGCACCCCAACGUCGUCCGCAUUCGCGGCGCCUACGAGGACGCGCUCUUCGUGCACAUCGUCAUGGAGCUCUGCGCCGGCGGCGAGCUCUUCGACCGCAUCGUGGCCAAGGGCCACUACAGUGAGCGCGCGGCCGCACAGCUUAUCAAGACGAUCGUCGGGGUCGUGGAGGGGUGCCACUCGCUCGGCGUCAUGCACCGAGACCUCAAGCCGGAGAACUUCCUGUUCGCCAGCACCGCCGAGGAUGCACCUCUCAAGGCCACUGACUUUGGGCUUUCCAUUUUCUACAAGCCUGGUGACAAAUUUUCUGAUGUCGUUGGGAGCCCCUAUUAUGUUGCACCAGAGGUGCUUCAGAAAUGCUAUGGUCCAGAAGCUGAUGUCUGGAGUGCUGGGGUGAUUCUGUACAUUUUGCUUUGUGGUGUUCCCCCAUUCUGGGCAGAAACUGAAGCUGGAAUCUUCAGGCAGAUUCUACGAGGCAAAAUUGAUUUUGAAUCUGAACCCUGGCCUAGUAUCUCUGAUAGUGCUAAAGAUCUAGUCCGUAAUAUGCUUACCCGGGAUCCUAGAAAGAGAUUUAGUGCUCAUGAGGUUCUCUGUCACGCAUGGAUUGUUGAUGAUGCUGUGGCACCUGAUAAGCCUAUUGAUUCUGCUGUUUUGUCAAGGCUGAAGCAUUUUUCGGCAAUGAACAAGCUCAAGAAGAUGGCAUUGAGGGUUAUUGCUGAAAGCCUAUCUGAGGAAGAGAUUGGAGGCCUGAAGGAGCUGUUCAAAAUGAUCGAUACUGACAAUAGUGGAACUAUAACAUUUGAUGAGCUGAAAGAUGGCUUGAAAAGGGUAGGCUCAGAAUUAACAGAGAAUGAAAUCCAGGCUUUAAUGGACGCAGCUGAUAUUGACAACAAUGGAACCAUCGACUAUGGUGAAUUCAUUGCAGCUACACUGCACAUGAAUAAACUGGAGAGGGAGGAAAACCUGGUGUCAGCAUUUUCAUUUUUUGACAAAGAUGGAAGUGGUUUCAUAACCAUUGAUGAGCUGUCACAAGCAUGCUGUGAAUUUGGUCUUGAGGAUGCUCACCUGGAGGACAUGAUUAAAGAUAUCGAUCAGAACAAUGACGGGCAAAUUGAUUACAGCGAGUUUGCGGCAAUGAUGAGGAAGGGCAAUGCUGGUGCAGCAGGAAGGAGAACCAUGAGGAACAGCUUGCAUCUGAAUCUCGGUGAACUCUUGAAUCCCGGCAAAAGCUAACGUGUACCAGACGGCCUUCCCUGGUACAUUGUCAUGGACUGGACUUUUGUGCACUCAUCAGCUGGACUGAUCUAAAAGGGCACAUUGUCGAGUGAUGUUGCUGAGAUGGUGGAGAGUUUUCAUAGUACCGUGGUAUACUGUGGUUUCAGCUAGUGAGAGAGAAAUGGUAAUACCACCUUGUUGCCAAUUUUAGAUGCUGGGGAUGAUAAUAUGAUCAACUGCUUAUAUGUAUUCCUGUGGAUGACAUCGAUGUAGAUUGAAUAUUGUUGGAAAGUUUACAUGCGUAGUAAUACUUCUGUUGCUUGUCAA